AUGUCUCCGGUCCGCCCCCAAGGGCUGCGGUACGUACUUACUUCCUCACCACGAGCACCUCGUCUUGCCGUACCGACCGACCACCACCGCUUUGCAUUUCCCUCCAUCCAUCGUCGACAUCCUCUCUGCUCUCCUCAACCUUUUGCGAUUCCGUUUCGACGAGCUCCUGGACUCGCCGCCUUCGCACUCCUUCCAUGGCCUGCUACCGUUGACUCCUUUGUCCUCUCCCUACUGUGCACAUCCGAUUCAUUGCUCUCCCGUUGGGGGGACGCCGGGCAGACCGUCCUUCGCCUUUGUCUCCCGCCUUCCUGCUUGCAUCAGCGACGACGGCGAUUCACCGACCGACCUGCCCCCCCCCGAGGACAUGAGCUGAACCAUGUAACGGCCUGUCCGUACGACAAAAUUGGCACCCGCUCCUCGACAGGACUCUCACUCGACCCCCCUCUCCCCCCUCCUCUCGGGCAGGAAGCCACGGCCGCUUCGACGCUCUCAACCCUCUCGGCAGCCCUCCCGGCCACCCUCCCAGCAUCAAUCGACUCUGGAGCGAUCCGAGGCCGAUCGCGCCAUACGACGGCCGAUACAUUCGUUCCUCGCACCCCCUACCCCGAGCCUGAUCAUUCUCGACGCACCAUGAAUUCCCUCAAGGUGCCGGAGACCGGCCUGCUCCUCGAGGGCUCGCCCGAAGGGGAGUCGGCCGUUCCGCGGCAAGCCUUCGUCAUCUCCCUGAGCGACCUGGUCGUCGGCCAGCUGAUCCAGAGCGCUCGCAACGGCGACAAGCUGAACGUGUCCAUGGGAAGCAAGCCUUCACUGCACUUCGGCACCAGAUCGCACCAGAUCGCACCUCCCACGGACGACGCCCCGUACGACCUCUACCUGACGAAACCGUUCGAGUCGUCCCGACGAGCCGAGCGAGUCUCCGAGGCGGGAUCCUUGUUCGCGAAGCCCACGUCAUUCACGGCGCCGCCGAAGACGGCCGCCAAGGCGAGCAAGGAGCCCGACAUCAAAUCGAAACCCCCCGCCGCCGCCGGCGUCAAGAUUACCGUGUCGUCGGGGUUGGACUCGGACAUUGAAGCGCUCCAAAACGGAUUGGCGGCCCACGAUGCGGCACGUGAGAGGGCUCACGUGAUGGAAAGACUCCCGGCGAACGGGAAAGCGUCGAGCAGGGUCAAGAACAAGCUCUGGGCGGGCUACAACCCGACGGCGAAAUCCAUGCCUUCCUCGCCCGCGCUCAACGGCGGCAACUCGCCCUUGUCGACGACGUCGCUCUCGGUAUCCCAGCAGACGGUCGAGCGGAAGAAGGAGCAGCGCUUCGUGCUCGUGCACGAGCUUGCCGUCAGGGACCGCACGACCGAGUAUCUGCAGAGGAAGUGGAGGGACAAGGACGACGGCUUCCGACCGACGCUGGAGAAGACGGCCGUCUACAGCUCGGACGCGAAGCUGUGGACGAUGAAAAAGGCCUGCUGGAAGGAGCUGGACGUCUGGCGGUACGACUACGACAGCCAGGCCGACCGAGAGACGGCCAUCGACAACGCCAUCCGGCAGUUUGACAAGCAGAGGCUGUCGCCGUCCGAGGUGGAAUGGCAGAGGCUGCUGCCCAAGGAGGAGCGGGGGCAGGGCAAGUGUCUGAGCCGUCUUCAGGCCAACAUCGCCAAGGGCCCCCCGCAGACGGGCCCGAGGAUCAAGGUCCACAAGGCGGACGACGGCGUCGGCCCCAGGGAUGACGACAGCACGAGCGACAAGUCCAAGGCCAACGGCGACAACGUGUCCCGAUCGACCUCGACCCCCCUUCCGGCCAAGGCGAAGAAGGUCGGCGGGCCCGAGGCGCAGGCGAAGCGGCUGCUGGCCAAGGCGAAGCCCGCGGCCCAGAAGGUGCAGAAGGCGCCGGCGCCGGCCUCGGCGUCGAAGGCGAAGGCGGGAGCCGGCGGAUCGAGGAGCGGCGGCGGCCGCGUGCUGUCGGCGGCCAUCAUCGAGAACUCGGAUUCCUCCGAGGACGAGGCGCCGAUGCGGAAGGCCAAGUCGGCGACGCCGCAGCCGAAGCUCAAGGACACGGUCGUCGUCCACGCGCGGCCUCUGAUCCGGGCGCCGGUGGCGAAGCAGUCGCAGGCGGCGAAGCGGCCCCGCGACGACGACGACUCGACGUCGAGCUCCGGCACGCCGCUCUCGAAGCGCAUCAAGCCGAAGCAGCCCCAGCCGGCGGCGAGCGCCAAGCGACGGCCCCCCGAGGCGGCGGCGGCGGCGGCGGCGGCGGCGGUGGCCCGCGGCAAGGGUCUGGCGUCGUCGUCCAAGGCGCACGCGAACACGUCGCCGACCAAGUCGUCGCCGCUCGCCUCGUCGCCGCCGACGAACGCGUCGGACCUCGAGGACGACGACCGGCCGCUCGCCGGCAAGCGCAAGGCCGAGGCCAAGAUCAAGGCGGCGCCGGCGAAGCGCCGGCCGGUGCAGGCGCAGGGCGUGCCGGCCGAGGUCAUGGCCAAGGCGCACAAGUUCAAGACGUACUACCAAAAGUACACGGCGCUGCACUACGAGGUGGCGGCGCUCGCGGAUCCGCCCGAGGAGAAGAUGGCGGACCUGCACGACAUGCGGGACCGUCUGGAGGUGAUGAAGACGGAGAUUUACAAGCAAUGUUCUCCCGGCGUCUAG